UUCAUAUUAUUGUUUAUGCCAGUGCUGCUUUUACAAGUACUUUUUUGAUGCUUUGAAAAUGACGCAAAUUGCAAAUUAGGCUUUAGUUAUAAGCGUCAAUUAGGACCGGAAAUUCUACUUUUGUGUUUUGGCAUUUUAAGUUUUUACUCAUCCCCUUGAUUAAUUUGAGUUAGUGAUCUUGUAGGAUCUGGAUAUAAUAAUACAAAUCAAUUACAUGUGUUUUUAUACUGUUCAAUUACUUUUUAUUUGGUACGCAAUUGGAACAAGAGCACAACUCUUGUAAUUGGCUUUGUGUUGUUAUUGUGUUUGUAUAGAGUUGUGCCCAAUUAAUUCCCUAAAUAAAUGAUUUUGUUUAUCUGGGGGUAUAAUUGUCUUUUCAAGUACCAAAGGAGGGUUUCAUGCUUCUUUUUAUGUACUAGUUGAGGGGUACAUGUGUAAUUUUCUAAAUUGGACACCUCACCAAAAGUACUGAAUAAAUGACCACAUUUUUUUAAUAUAUUUACAGAAAUGUCACCUGAUUAACAAAAAUUCGUUUAUCCGGCAGAUAAACUUGUAUUUGUCGGUUUAUACAUGUGUAGGAGAGAUAUUAGAUGAUUGAUUAAUGAAAAUGUCAAUGUCGCAGAUGUCUAAGCUUAGCUAUUCUAAUCAUGGAUGAUAACAGGUAUAAUGUGGGAUAGGUUUUUGUCUUCAGCCAAUCACCCAGCUUGAUGAAUCCUCCUAAGGACACGGUUGUUACAAAGAUAAUACUAUCCAAGUCUUCUGCUAAAGAGUCAAAAUAAUACUAUCCAAGUCUUUUGCUGAAGAGCCAAAUCAUCAAUAACUAUAUACUAAAAGAGAGACUAGGAGUGCCAUAUGUCAUCUUUUGGUUAAAAAUUUUCCCUCCAAAAUGUAUUACUAGUAUUUAUUUUUUUGUCAAAUCUUCUUAAACAAUCUUCCAUUUUCAGAAUGAGCCCCUUUUAGACUUUAAUAUGUUCCUUUUCUUUGCAAGAAGCUCAAAUCAUGACGAAUGUCCAUGGAGCAUGUUGAGGUUGUUGCUCCUGAUCCAAAGGCUGAUGAAGUAUUGGUUAGGAUUGAGGCAGCAACUGAUCAAUCCAAAGGCUGACAAGGUAUUGAUUAAGAUUGAGGCAGUAACUCUGAAUCCGAUUGAUUGGAAGAUACAGAACAGUAUUCUUCGGCCUACAAGUUCCCCACAAUACCAGGAAGCAGCUUGGUCAUUUUGUCUGCAGGUUUUGUGCUCUGCCUUUUAUCACCUUGCCUUUUUACAUGGUAAGCUUUUGUGGUUCUGACUAUUUAUGUGUUUUUGUUUGUGUUUAGAGCUUUCAUUGUUCAGGAAGGUUACAUAUUGUUGGUUCUCUUUUGGGUUGUCAUAUCUACGAGCAGGUGGUGUGCUUAAAGCCUUUUACUUUGUUGUCUUCGAUGGGGUUGCUUUUGGGGUUUGAUUGAAAUCUGCAGUUGAGGGAUUAUCUUCAGUAAUAUGCUAUGUGCUAGAGUAUUGAUAAUUGGUGCUAAUGGGUUUGUAUGUUAAUUGUUUAAGGACUUGGAUUUAUCAGGGUUAUAUUCUUAUUCAUAGUUCUCUAUAAUUCUGCUGAAAUUUCGGAUAGUGGUUAUCUAUGUAAGAGCACCCUUUACUUACUAUACUACCUAGGCAUUAUAUUGUUAGAGGAAGGCUUAUAAGACCAGUGUCCUAGUAUAGUCAAAGGAUUUGAUUAGCAGUAAAUCAGAGAUGUUUUUGUUCAUUGAUGAUCUUUGCCUCUCUUCUUGGUAUUCAUUUUAUGUUGCUUUUGUUUGUCUUUUUAUAUAAGAAUCUAGAAACAAUAGUCAAGGAAAAACAAUAUAAUCAGGUCACUAAUUGUGGCUGCCAAUGUUUAUGAAUCUGUCUAUUUGAUCUACCUUCUGCAAUUUGUUUUAAUUUUUUUUUUUUUUUUUGCAUUUAUACAAUUGUUUCCUCUUUUACUCUUUACAUUAUUAUGUUUGUU